GACGGCCGCUUCGUCAACAGCUUGACUACGCGUGCAGAGGAGCACAAAAGCGAGGGAAUCUACCUCCGGAACAUCGACCUCAACAAGGCCGUGUUCGUCGCCUUUCAUGAUGCCGCUUGGGCAAAUGCGGAGCUCGAGGAGACCGAAGAAGGCUUUCGGUUGACGACGGAGGAGAUCCAGGCGCGGACCUUCAACGAGCUCUACACGGACGAGAGACCUAGAAAGGCGAAGCGGACGGGGUCCAAGGUCGCUUCUCAGAUCGGCCACCUGGUGAUGCUCUUCGACGAGAAGUUUCUCCUCGGCGAGAAGGCCCAAGGGAGCAUCCUCGAGUGGAGGAGCCAGAGCUGCAAGAGGGUGUGCCGCUCCACGUUCGGCGCGGAGACGAUGGCGGCGAUCGAGGGACUGGAAGGAGCCCAGUACAUGAGGGCUCUACUGGCAUCUUUGCUGGCCGGAGAGCUAGUGAAGCACGAGGAGGCCAGAAAGAGAUGGAGGCUCCUGUGCGUCACGGACUGCAAGUCCCUGUACGACUACCUGCACAAGACCGGAGCGCCUAAGAUCCCCAGUGACCGCAGGCUCGCCAUCGAUUUAGCCGCUUUUCGACAGGAGCUAGCUUUUGAGAGGUGGGCGUCUAAGGCCCCUCUUCAGUGGAUUCCGACUUCUUUCCAGCUGGCUGAUCCACUCACCAAGCCGAUGCGGGCUGGCUAA